UUCGUAAACUCAAGAGUCCUGAUUCAUUGAUUACCAGUCCUUUGUCAAUUCCUUUGUGACGGCUGAAACCUGAAACAACCAAUUUUGGAUUUCGUUGUGCCUUGUACACAUUCCAGUUCGGCUAUGUGAUACUUGAGUUUAAUUUUAUUAAUUUUCUCCGGGUUUUUAGUGUUUUUACGAGAUUUACGAAAUAUCUACUUCAAAAAACUCGUACAUUUUUUUUACUGUUCUACUGAAUAUUAUAUUUGUCACUUUCUGAAUUUAAUUUACCCACUAUUUAUUAGAUCACAUUAAAAACUUCUUUAAAAUGAGUUCAGAAGAUACAUCCAAUAAUGAUCAAGACAAUCAAUCAACACCAAAUAGACCAAUUCCCGGAGCUCGUCAAGAAAUGUUAAAUAAUAUAACUGCUGCGUCGCCUCCGAGGUUCUUGUCAUUACCUGAAAUUAUGGUAGCUGCUAAACAAUUGGAAGAUAUUGCUCUUGUUCAUGAGAUAGCAGUCAAUGAAAAUUUCAAGUUGGAGCCUCAAGAACAUCCAAAUAACAGUUUAAUGAAACAAGUCAAAGACACAAUGCAUAAAGCAUUUUGGGAGUUGUUGCGAGAACAAUUAAACAGUGAUCCUCCCGUAUACUCUCAAGCUAUGAUACUUUUAUCAGAAAUUCAAAUAAGCUUAUCAAGUUUGUUGUUAGACCAACAUACUAAAUUGAAAGAAGACAUUGCUCAAGUUUUAAAUGUGGAGUCUAUACAAAAUCAGAUAGACAACGACUCUUUGGAUUUUGAAUAUUAUACCAAGUUUAUACUGAAUUUGAUGUCAAAAAUAUGUGCUCCAGUAAGAGACGAUUCGAUACGUGCUCUAACUUUAUUAAAUGAUCCUGUUGAUAUAUUUAAAGGAAUAACAGAGACUUUGAGCUUGAUGAAACUUGACAUGGCAAAUUUCACAAUAACUGCACAACGACGAGCAUUAAAUGCCUGUAGUGCUGAUUAUGAACGAGAUAAAUUUGCAGAGUAUUUAAAAGUUCAACCAGAUGCAUUAAACUUGACUGCCGAAUGGUUAAAACGCCACGUUAAUUUUGAAAAGACUGCUGAACCUUAUCACGAUAUAGUCGCAAGAGCUUAUAUGGAAAUAUUUGAUUGGAAUGAAAAUGUUAUAUUCCCAGAGGCUUUAUCAUUGGACAAAGAUAGAUAUUUGGCAACAAAUAAAAUGCUAAAUCUUUUGAUACUCGCAGCAUCUACUUUUAUUGUAACAAUAUCAACAACUAAUUCCAUUAUUCCCAGAGACAUUAAUUUCAAAAAUGAUUUAAAAGAGUUUAUUUUAAGUGUCAUUAAACACAAUGAUUUCAACAAUAAUGUUAUACCAAAUAUUGUAAAACAGAUAGCUCUUCAUUGUAAUGAGUAUAUAUGUAGACUUAAUCCAGAUGGACUACUUGUUUCACCAGAUAUGGUCAAUACACUUGAAACUCAAGUUUUGUCAAUCCAAAACCCUGACAAUAAAAUAAGAGCUCUAGUUGAGAAGCGUUUCAAGGAGUUUAUUGCUGCAGUCAUCAGUUCUGACAAUGCAGUUCCCCAGCAAUGUCCACUUGGCUUGUCUGCAUUCAAGGAUGAAUUAGCAGCCGUUACCGGCAGUUUUUUGCAUCUUAUCACAUAUAACAGAAAAGUAUUUACCACGUUUUAUGACGAAAUAUUAAAAAAUCUUCUGAAACAAUGUGAUUUGCCUUGAUUGUCUCUCAAAGACAGUAUACUAAAAAUGAAUAUUAUCUUUUAUUUUAUCCUAUACUAACUUUUUAACUAAAACUUUUUUUUUUCAAUCAUUGAUUUAUUUUUUUGGAACACAAAUUUGUGACCAAAUUAGAAUCUAGAACAUUAUGGAUCACAUUUUAUUUCUGUAGUUCCAAUAUAAUAUUAAAACUUAUUAUAAUACAAUUUAUUGAUAACAAUAAUAAUUGUAAUAUUAUUCUACAGUUUAAUACUUCAAUGUGUUUAAAAAUCAUUGUUACUCAGUAGCUAGUGCUACAUGCCUAUAUCUAAUAUAACAUAUAACUUACACUAAUAAUUAUUAUAAUAUUUGUCAAAUUAUUAUAUAGCCUUCAUUUUUGGUGAGCUAAAAAUUUUAAAAUUAUAUUAAUCUGUAAAAUCUAUAUGUAUACAAAAUACAUUUGUUUACGUUAUACCAUAAGCAUGAAGCUAGUAUGUUAUACUAUAAUUUUUUAGACUUUAUUUUGUAUUAUUUAAAUGUAUGAUCAUUGUUGAUAAUUGAAACUAGUUUGACAGCUUGUAACACUUGAAUCCCAGGUAUAUUCAUAUGAAUAAUAUGGGUAUAAACAAUUGUUAUUUAUUAUUGCAGAUUUUAGUGUUGUAAUGAUUUAUAAAUAUAUAAUAUUAAAUAUUUUAUAUUAACCCCGACUGAUAUUUUCAAUAUUGUUCUAAAGUUAAAAAGCUCAGGUAUUGUUGUAAGUUAAUUUUAGUAGAUAGUAUAAUACACAUUUUAUUUUUAUACAGAAAUUAACGUGUACUGUAUCUUACAACAUAUUAAAGAUGAUUUAUUUCAUAAUUACUAAUUAUAA